AUGUAUCCCCAACAUGGUCCUCCAAUGGCUCCGCCGCAGAAACCGGAGACCUUCAUGCUCUCGACGGAAGCGCAGCACAACCUCCCCCACGACGCGCAAGUCGCCCUGCAGCAAGUGGACAAUUUGAAAUACUUCCUUUUGUCGGCGCCUGUUGACUGGCAGCCCGACCAGCUCAUUCGUCGUUUUUUACUUCCGACCGGCGACUACGUCUCUUGCAUUCUAUGGAGUAACCUUUUCCACAUCUCCGGUACGGAUAUCGUCCGAUGCCUCGCAUUUCGAUUCCAAGCGUUCGGUCGUCCAGUGAAGAACUCGAAGAAGUUUGAAGAAGGCAUUUUCUCCGAUCUCCGAAAUCUCAAGGCCGGCACCGAUGCGACUUUAGAGGAACCGAAGAGCGCAUUCCUGGACUUCUUGUACAAAAACAACUGCAUUCGAACCCAGAAGAAGCAAAAGGUCUUUUACUGGUACAGCGUGCCUCACGACCGAUUGUUUUUGGAUGCGCUGGAGCGCGACUUGAAGCGCGAGAAGAUGAACCAGGAAGCGACCACGGUCGCCGUCAGUGAACCGGCCAUGUCCUUCGAAUUCGAUUCGUCCCAGUCUCUCUACGAGCAAUUGACGAAAGCACAACAAGCAAACUCGUCUUCUUUCUCGGCUCAUGCAAGUGCUCAUAUUAGCGCUCAUGCAAGUGCCCACCCUAGUGCCCACGCAAGUACGACAUAUGGCCAGCCCAACUCCCCCGUGCUUCGGACCGUUGACGCAAUGCCUCCUCCCCAGAUGGCUCCCCCAGCGAUGCCUCUUCUCCAGGACGAGUCAGUCCAACCGAUGUACAGCAACCCGUCGAUGCCCAUGUCGAACAACCUAGUCCAGAGCAUUAUUAAACGCGAGCAAGACUACGGAACCAUUCAGUACGACCGCAACGGAAUGCCUAUCCCCCGCAUUCAUCAGCGCCAUUCCUCGAUGCCGACAUUUUACGAAUACUCGCCUGCGCCAUCCUUUGUGUCAUCGCAGUACGAGGAUUACAGCAAUCGCGGCCUGUCAUUUGAGCCAGUUACCCCGCCUCAGCACUCGGUCGGACUCGGCGCAGAGCCCGCCUACAUCGCCAACGAAGACACGGGCUUGUACACCGCGAUUCCGGAUCUCUCUCACGCAGCCCCGUACAACCCCAUGAUGCAGCUUCCGCCGUCUAACUUUACCAACGGUCAUUACCAAGCGGCGCCUCGGCCCUACUCGACCAACCCGUACUCGGUGAUUGAGGGCUCGCCAACUUAUAAACAGCGGCGACGCCGUCCAUCUAUGACCCCAGGCUCUUCUCAAGGUACCCCUGGUGUGAUGAAUGGCUCUGCUCCCCCUCAGCCCGCUCCGCACCCGACCGCUUAUGCUGCUCACAAGCCAAGUGAUCUCCGGCGCUCAGUCUCAAGCUCUGUGGCUCCCGGUCUGGAGGAUGAGUCUGCGCAUGACUUAGUACGCACAUACCCGAGUGCCAUGCUUCCUCAGAGGGACUUGCUGAAUGAGAUUUCGCGCCACGGUACCCCACUGCAGCAUCUAGAUGGUAGCGUGGAGCCACAGUCGGUACCCCUGUCACACCCGCAUGACGACUUGGCAGCGCUACCUACCAGUGCCGUCAUCGAGGCAACCGUUCAAAAUAGCACCAGUCGAGAGCGUUCAGCCCCCGGUCCCGCUCGUCGGGCACGCAGUGCAACAAUGAUGGAAUUGGGCCCGUACCCGCAUAAAUCUCACUCUUGCCCGAUUCCGUCAUGUGGCAGACUCUUCAAGCGUUUAGAGCAUCUCAAAAGACACGUGAGGACUCACACACAAGAACGUCCAUACCCCUGUCCAUACUGCAGCAAAGCCUUCUCGCGCUCGGACAACCUUGCCCAACACCGCAGAAUCCAUGAGGCCCAACAAGAUGGCCACCCUCUCGUUUCCGAGGAGGACCUGGAGAAUGACGGAAAUGAAUUCGACUCCGCGGGUGAAGAGUCAUCUCCACCGGCGCCAGAGUCAGUUCACACUCCCCACAUGGGCCACAUGCCUGCCAUGACGUCCAUGGCUGCACCUAUGAGCAUGCCCUCGGCUGUCCACUCCACCAUGGUUGGCACCCACAUGAUUGCUCCUCAGCUUCUCCAGCAGCAGAUGUAA